AUGAUAAAGGACACUACAAAAUUUAUUAAUUCCUGCAUAUCAUGUCAACUUUUAAAAACACCAAUAGGAAAGAAACCCGGUUUAUUACAACCAAUACCAAUAGAGUCGGGGAAGCCAUUACAAAGAUUAACUUUUGAUUAUUUAGGACCAUUACCUCCCUCACAUGGGAAAAAAUAUUUGAUUUUAGCUGCAUGUAGCGGUACAAAAAUGGCGUUUGCAAAAGUGGUGGCAAAUGCGACCGGGGCAGAAACGAUAAAUUUUCUAAUGGACAUAGUAACGUCAUACGGAGUACCAAAAUAG